AUGCAGUUCAUCAUCACGCUUGGUGUGCUCUCCGGCCUCGCCGCCGCUCAGUCGGCCCCUUCCGGAUCCACGGGCCUUGCUGGCCUCGUCAGCCAGCUGCCUACUUGCGCCGUCUCCUGUAUCGAGAGGGCCGCCAGCAGCAUCGGCUGCGGAGCAACAGACUUCGCUUGUCUCUGCAAGAGCCAGGAGAAACUCAUCUCCACUCUGACGCCCUGCGUACUGACGGCCGGCUGCUCCGGCGACGAGAUUGGUGAAGCUGCAAAGAUUGCACCCCAAAUCUGCCUACAAGUCAGCAACAGCCCGGCCGCAUCCGACAUCGCAGCCGCGUCGAGUCUCGUCACUGGUGCCAUCGGCACCGCGAGUGCCAGCGGCGCAGCAGCGACGGCUAGCACCUCGCCUACAGCAGCCGCCGUACGGCCGACGAGCGGCUUCUUUGGCGUUAUCGGCGCCGGGAUUGCCGCAUUGGCCGCCGUUGCCUUGUAG